AUGAAGUUUUCAUACAAGAUGUAUCCUGGUGUAAGUACUCUUUUACUAUAGUAAUUUAGUUAUAUAAACCUUACUUUUAAAUUGUCAAAGCAAGUUUAACUUAUUACAAACUUCAAGAAGGCUCAGUUUAUAUUUUUAAUCUUAAAAUCAAUCAAAAACUAGUUUUUCUUAGUUUUUUAAAAAUAAUUUGUUAUCUUUUAGUUCUGGCCACGUAUAGCAGACUACUUGGCUCAAGAAGAUGUUUGUACUCUCGCCCAGACCAACAAAUACUUUUACAAACUCAUCAACAUGGACUUUCAAAGCUUGUGCUACAGGAAUUUGAUUUUUCGAUUGAAAGACGAAACGUGGGCUACAGCGUUCUCAAAGUAAGUACUGUACAGUGAACACUAUCAUAGAUAACUAAAUACUUUGUCUCAUACCAAAGUCAAUCCAUAUUUCAGUGCAGGUUUCAUACUGUAGUAUUUCAGUGCACAAUACCGCAAAAUGAGUCGUAUCAUAUGGCGUAAAGAUGAAGCUAAACUCUCGAAAAACUCAUUUUUCUGCCCUCAUACUGGUACAAUGGCAGUAGUGUUGAAAUACAAACAAGUCAUGUUGACCAACCUCGACUUUGGAAAGAAAGUUUUUGAGCUUUUGAACUUCAGAGGUCAUAAGGGAUACUUACUGAAUGUGCAGCUCAUAAACAAGUCAACCAAACUGAUAGUGGACAUGAAGAACACGUAUGUUGUGUACGACUUGGUCAAGAAAAGGGUAGUGAAAGUCUACUCUGCUCGACCGGAAGAACGCUACAGUACUUUUACACUGUACUACGGUAAUGGUCUACUUGUAGACGUGUACAAUCAACGAGAAUACCCAGUUUUUCCAAUAAAAGUGCCAGAAAUGCCAAAAAUUUACAAUGUAGAUGCGUUUGGCUAUCGGAAAUACGUUGGUUUUGUCAGUGUACAUGGACACUUUAUACUAAUACACACUGAUACUGGAAGACCGCAGGGCAUGUUUCCAGUUGAUGUUGUGUAUUUCGAUCAAUUUGGUGUGAUGGCUGAAAAAUUUGAAUAUGGUGACAGAGAAAUUUGCAUUAUGGAUGAGUUGGGUCUUGUCAGAAACACAAGUAAGUUACGACGUAUGGUAAAACGUUUGUUGUUGUACUCAUGGUGUGUUUUUGCUUUAAUUUUCUUCAUCUAUCUGAUGUGAAACUUGAAAGUUUAAAUUUUUUAUUUUUGAAAAUUUUUAAAUUCAGAUUUCUUCAAAGUUCUUGUUUAUGACAUCAACUUGAAACGUUGUAUUUUGGAUGUGCCUGCCCGAAAAACAAGUUUUGCGUCGAAUUGUGGAAUUGACGGUCUAGAGUUCCAGAACAGCGAUCAACAUGUUAACGUAAGUUUUUAAAAUACUCAACCUUACCCUACUUUACCCUACUUUACCAUACCUUAUCUAAGCCUUGCUAUGCCUUACCCUACCCUACCCCACUCUAUCCUAUCUACUCAUGGUGGCCUUUCCAACUUCGAUACCUUAAUAUAUACCGUUUUUUUUUCAGUUUUUCGGAUACAAUCCAAACAAAAAGCAAUAUGAAAACAUUGGCUUUUUUGAUUAUUGGUUUCUGCCCUGCCCAGAUUGUUCAUUUGGCCCUUUUCCCAUUAUAUAUUUUACAAAGCGCACGGGCGUUUUCCUAACAUUAAGUUGGACUUUAUGAUGGUGGACUGGUCUACAGGUAAGGACGUUUUUUUGGUUGUUCAAAUAACUAUGUGCCUCUAAGAUAGAAAUGAACUAUAUAAAAUAUAAGAAGAAUAUGAAGAUGAUACGUAUAAUAUAAUAGUAAAAAGAAUAUAAAGUUAAACACCAAAGGUCAUCUUCAUUACAGGCCGUAUGGUUACAAAGUUGUUCAGAACAGAAAUCGACGAAAAAAAGAAUCAAGAAAUCACUUCGUACUACGUUCGACUCAGCAGUAUUAAGCCCAACACAAGAGGGGUCACUGUCGAUACGCCACGACAUGUGAGACAUCGAUUUGAAGAGAUCAUAGAUGAGCUAUCGGCUAGUCAGCUUUGA